CUACACUCAGGUUAGAGAGGAAACACAAUGAAGACAACAUGAGGAAAAAAAUGAUGACGCUGAUCACCCUCUUCAUAACACAUUAUAAGGAACACUGCAUGCCUGCAUCAUGACUUCCCUAGGGGAUUUCUGAUACCGUACUCCAUGUUGAGUUUUAUGCUAAUGCAAGCAUAAUUUGCAGUGUGUAGCCACAAUAUCCGCCCAAAGCAAAAUCAGGCAGAAAAGGACAUGGAUCGUUGACUCAUUCAAUAUAGAGGAAGAAAGUCCAGGUCCUUUCCCAUAUUCACUUGGCAAGAUAAACAUUGAACGACCCUAUUUGGUAAUGUUCUUUCUCAAAGGAAUGGGUAUUGAUGAAGACCCUAAAGAUGUGCUGAGUAUCAACAUCAGAACUGGUGAAGUUCUCGUGCAUAAGAAAGUCGACUAUGAGACCUACAAAAAUCUCUCGUUCAGGUUUGAAGCAUUGAAUGAAAAUUUCAAACUGGACACAAAGCUUGGAGUUGAGGUUCAUAUCUUGGAUAUUAAUGAUCAUGCACCUGUUUUUAAUCCUCCUCACUAUGAGACAACACUUGAGGAAUCUGUAUCUCAAGGUACACUGAUUACCACAGUCUUCGCUUCAGAUAGAGACGACCCAUCGACACCCAAUGGCACCUUCUCAUUUACACUGGACUCAGUCUCUCCAAAAACAGACAAUAUUGAAUUUUACAUUUCUCAAAUCGAGACUAAAGGAAACAUUUAUUUUAAAGGCUGUUUGGAUUAUCAGAAAGCACAAACCUAUACACUCUCGAUCAAAGCCACAGACAAUGGAGACAAAAAACAGCUGUCUAACACGAGCAGAGUGGUUCUGAAAAUUAUUGACAAAAACAAUUGCCUUCCUGAAAUUACUGGUCAAACCGGUCCUGGAAAGAUUAAAGAACGGGAAAGCGGAGUGGAAGUUCUACGUUUAAUUGUCAGAGAUGACGACACUAAUGGUUCACCAGCAUGGAAAGCUAUAUUCACUCUUCACGAAGAUCCAGAAAACUAUUUUAAAAUCCACACAGACCCCAAAACUAAUGAAGGAAUCCUGACUGUUAUAAAGCCAAUGGAUUAUGAGGAGCAAACUACAAGAAAUCUGACAAUCAGUGUGGAAAAUGAAGAGCCCUAUUUCUCAUGUAAGGUGAAAUCUCCCACAACAUCAGACUUAUGGGAUGUAGAAACUCUUCCCAAGAAAUUCCGCAGAAGUCCAGCACCCAUCGACCCACCCAAGCUAUAUCCAGUCACUAUCAUCGUUGAGGAUGUCAAUGAUCCUCCAGAAUUUGUACCACCUGUUAAAAAAAUUAAAAUCAAGGAGAAUACAAAAGUAGGAACUAUCUUGGAUACUCUCAAAGUCAAAGACCCAGAUAAGAGAUUUGGGAGCUCAUUUCGGUUUGUUAAAGGAGAAGAUAAAAAUGACUGGGUAACUGUUAAUUCAGAAACUGGACAGGUUUCUGUAGCCAAAAUGAUGGACAGAGAAUCACCAUUAGUGAAUGCCAGUACAUACAGUGUCAUUGUGUAUGCUGUGAGUAAAGAUAAACUGCCACAGACUGGCACAGGGACACUGGUCAUCCACUUAGAUGAUGAGAAUGACAACGUACCACAGUUGGUGGUGGAUACAGUGAGUAUUUGUUUAUCGGAUGAGAAAGCCAUGACUGAAAUCUCUGCUAAAGAUCCAGACCUUCCACCAUACACUGCACCAUUUCAAUAUGAGCUACUGGAAGAUGACCAAAUUGAAGGAAAAUGGAAAAUUGAACCAAACCAUGGAAUACUUGUGAACCUGGUCAAAGAAAACACAGUCUAUGCAGGCCUUUACAAGAUUAGGAUAAAAAUAUCAGAUAGUGAUGGGAACAGUUCUGUGCAAAAUCUGUCCAUUACCGUGUGUGACUGCACUAGCAAACCCAGCUGCCAAGUCCGUGGUUUGACGGCCCAGGCAAGCCUUAGUGCUACUGGGAUAAUGAUCUUUGCUUUCCUACUUCUGCUGGUGAUACCCCUGAUGGCACUUCAGUUAAUCAAAAAGCAAAAAAAAACUAUGAUCUUUCCUAAAGAUGGUCCUGGUAGCCUCAUUAAAUCCAACACUGAGGACCGCGGCACAGACUGUGAGGUUUCACUUGAAAUAUCACAAUCAGUUAUGAGUGGGAACAUUGUGAAGACAUCUAAUGGCUUUUCCAAACAGCGGUCAAUACUUUACAAUGGUUCCACAAAAAGCUUAUAUCGACAGAUCAAAAACGGUUCCAUGAUGGAAUCAACCAGGAAAAAACAUUCAACUUGCUCCACAGAAGAUGUUCAUAUUAAAAAUGUCCUAAAGAAUCAACUUAGUCAGAGGCUUGCCCAGCUCCAGACUUCAGAACAGGAGCUCAGCAAUUAUGAACCACACUGCUAUGCAUAUGAAGGAGAACAGGAUGAAAACCUUGAUGAUAACUUUGAUACCAUCUCUGUUCCCGAGACUGAUUUUAAUUUAGACAUCCCCACAAAUCUAGAAUUACGCUUUACCAACCUGGCAGCUGUGUGUAGGCCUGAUUCAAUAACAUCUGAAAGAAAAAAAUAGGCUAAUCUGUGUUUAUGAGCGACAUUUUCUGAAUUUGUAAUUAGUGGAACUAUCUAGACUGAGUGUGUUUGUGUAUCUAAGUUAUACACAGACUUUCUAACAAAUUAAUGAAAUAAAAUAUUGUGAACUCUCAUGGCAUCAAGGUCAGACCAAAAUGUUCUUAGCAACACAAGCAUUUAAUUCUAGAGGGGAAAAAAAAAAAAACAUACACACUCUUAAUCUUGGUCAGCCAUCAGCCAUAGGAAUGGAAGCCAAUCCAAAAAUUAUUGAUGAAUGAACAAAAAGAAAGAAAAAAAGAAAGAAAGAAAGGUUGUCUUCUUUCUAGAGACAUAAAGUAGUUGUAAUACUUGGACCAUGGAGAUUUUAUAGCAACUUGCCACUAGAAAUGGAAAUCAUAAGUAGCUAAUUAAACCAUAACUUUACAAUUGCUGCCUUAUUUCACAACCCCUUUCACUGGCAGCUUUUUGCUUUCUGUUGUUUAAGGAAAGUUACUGUUUCUAGGCAGAAGUGGUGCAAUGUUGACUGGCUAUAAGCUGUUUUUUGUUUUACUCUGAAUUUUUUUAUUGCUAUUUUCAGUCAAUAAUUAAUUCAUAGCAAAGCUACCAACUCAAUGGUAAGAAUGCUUGCAAAGACCACCUUUAAGCAUAAUUAAAGUGAACUUUCAUCUGA